CGCACACAAAAGAUGAAGAACUUCACAAGGUGUUGACCUGGCCUCCAACGGUGUCGUGGAGCUACAUCAUGAUGGACGCAGAGGAGGAAGCGGCGCCGCCGCCCAAAGCAGUGGAGCAGGGUGAGCUCGUCUCCUCACCCGGGGGUCCAGAGAAGUCUCAGCCCGCUGCUGCCGGCCCCACGAAGGGCGAGAAGGAGCGGCCGGAGGAGGGCGCAGCGGCUCGAUGUCUGCUGGGUGCCAUGCCCGACGCGUCGGCUCUGCAGGAGUUUAAAAUCAGGAAGUUCUUCGUGUUGAGGCCUGGCACUCUGAAUCAGGCCAUCAAGGAAGUCGAAGCUCUCGUGGAUAAGGAGGUAGAUGGCAGCAUUCGCAGCAUCUGGCUGAUGGCAGAGGUGGAUCACUGGAACAAUGAGAAGGAGCGUCUUGUUCUCAUCACAGACUACACUCUCCUUGUGUGCAAGUACGACUUUGUCAUGUUCAACUGCGAGCAGAUCCAGAGGAUCCCGCUGAACUUCAUCGACCGCAUCUCUCACGGCGACUUCGCUUUCCCCAAGCGCUCCCUCCUCGAGAGAGCAGGGGAGGGAUUGCGAGUCUUCUGGGACCGACUAAGAGAGCCUUCCUUCAGCUCCAAGUGGAACCCCUUUGCCACUGACUUCCCCUUCAUCACCUUCACUUACCACCCCGUGAGGAAUGUCAGCGACAUGUUCACUGCUCUCUGCGACAUCCAUAACUUUCGUGAGCAGCUCAAGGAUGCAGCGGAGAAAGUCCACGCCCUGAAGCCAGUUCCUGGCAAAGCCAAUGGCGUCCUGGUCCUCAACCAGCCCAUCCUCAUCGAGGCGUAUGUGGGCUUCAUGUCUUUUCUGGGGAACCAGAACAAACUGGGUUACUGCAUGGCCCGAGGAAACAUAGGCUACUAGACCUUUUUAACAUUGACGUGAUAAUUUCGCUUUUCUAUAUAUAUAUAUUAUAAUGCACUAAGUUUUGAAUCCACGUUGGGUUCCUUGAAAUUCUAUGAAGAUUGACCCAGGAUUUUUGGCAGAUGUACUUUAAUUUGACGUGUUUCUCAGGAUGUUCCGUUCUGUGUGAAGUUUAAAUAACAGUGUGAUCACCUCCACUGCCGUGUUGUCUGUGUUGCGAGAGCACUCAGAAAUAUCCACAUUUCGACACUGCUCUUGACUGAAUGACGGAUCUCCCGCCGCUCUCAAAGAGCUUUGUAUUUGCUCCUCAGUGAUAUGGUAAUUCAACUCUUUCGCAACAGGACUCCUUUCUUCCUCCCCCGUUGUCGCUUUUAAGAGCUCAUUCCCAUGCAAUUCCACCCCUUAGAGAUUCAUUGGAGCAUGGGGGCACAUUUGUCAGCUCAGUUUUAUCACUCAUGGUGUAUUUUUACAGUGCAUACAGUAGUGGAAUUUCCCCCUUGAUUAGUGUGUUUACGGCGUGGCGCCCUGCCUUGUUUGCCACCGCGUGUUUGUCUCGUGAGCUUGUAGCAAACCUAAAAAACAUAAGUUUACAUAUUUUGUUGUUUUGUUGUCGUGGUAUGAAAUAUGUAGAUUUCUCACAGUGAUUCAUCCGCACUGCUUCUGCUCAGUGCACUUUUCAUCAGACAAAUAAUCUGACCUACUAAAGAUUAUUCGGUUCUGGCGGAUAUAGCGGCGCCUGUUGUUAGUAGUGGUAUCACUGACUGUGCCUUAACUCUACAAAACUACUUCACUAAGCAGCUACUUUUAGAACUGUAACAAAAGAGCAGCUGAUAUAUAAGUUUGAGGUGGACCAAAACGCUACCAAAUUGAACAUCAAGCUAUGCCAUACAGCUCAGGUUUGCAUUAUGUAGAGUGGUGAUGGGAAAUGUUUCAUUAUAUCUUCAAAAAAUAAUAAAAUGACUUUACAAUUGAAA